GUCACGUGGAGCAAAGAUGGCGGAUAGCGGGAAGCGGGAGGUUCCAUGUUCGGCGGAGCUGCUGGCGGUUAGCGGUCCGGAGGGAAUCGAACGUAAGUUUCUGAUCAGCACUGAUCAGUCCAGAAUUGCUGCCCGUCCCAAGAUCGAGAGGGUUCCCAGAAGUGAAGUGCUGGACAGGCUGCAGGCUUUCUUGCCACAGAUGGCGCAUGCAAACCUGGAGCUGAGAAGGCAGAUGGAGACAACUGGUCAGAGCCAUUUUGAUAUUGAGAACGUGGAUGACUGCCCUGACAGGGUUAUUGAAAUGAAUGUCUCUCUCUUUGAAGUGGAUGGUGAUAGUGGAGCAGAGUUGAUGUCUGAGGAUUCUGAGUCGGACACUGAGGCCCUCGGGGAAGUGACAGAAGCAAAUCUCAAGUUUCCUACAACCAAUCAGCAGCGGAAAGGCCGGGUUGAGGUUGUGUCGGUUGAUGAGACUAAGAGCGACUGAGAAUCUGCCUCACAGAUAAGUAUUCAUUCCCCCUUGCUGGGGACACAGUCGACGAAAUUGUCCACGUGGAUCAGAUCAUUUAACCUUGAUAGAGGCGACCAAAUGGUGGGACUCUGCAUCACUGCUACCCUGUGGAUGAAUCAACAAUCUACCUGAUGACCAGGUGGAUUUGUAUGUUGACAAACACACAAACAGAUAAUAAAAGUGGAUAGACCACUUGCAAGCAGAUGAGAUUGGCAUCAUGGUUGGCACAUGCGCGGUGGGCCAAAGUGCCUGUUCGGGUGCUGUGCUGUACUGUUCUGUGAUAAAAGUGGUCCAGUCUUGGAUCCCGAUGUUGGGGAGAUCCAAUCCCAGGGUCCCUCGCUGGAUGCACAUUCCUUGGUACACUUUCGGCCUUUGCUCAUCAAUCCCAACACACAUACUUUGUAGCCCAGGGUUGAAAUGAAUAUUGGGAAAAGCCUGGCUCCCUGGAGAACUCCUUCCAGUGCAGCUCCACAGUGGGGAGAGACAUGUUGUGAUCAAACAGACUAAUAAAAAUAAGAGCUGACAAGUGAAUAGGUGUGGUAUGUGGAGGAGAGAGGCCUUGAAGGACAAAACUAGAACUUGUACCUGUCUACUGCAGCACUGCUUGAAGACCAGAUCAAUACUUCUAUUAUCCUCACCUAGAUCGAGGAUGCUUCUGAAGUAACAGUGAUCAAUGAGAUGAUUGAGAUGCAAGAUACAUAAAAGAAUAUUAGCAUGAUGGUGGCCUAACUUGGAUAGGAUAAAUUCUACACCAGGCCAGUUAGUUAACUCCAGUGGCCAAAGCUUUUAGAAACAAGGCGGGGUGAAUUGUGACCUGAAGGAGCUUUGGGAAAGCUGCCACAUAAGGGACAUCAGCAGAACACAAGCACAGGGCUGGAGGGGGACAUUGAGUCAGUGGCAGGGGCCACAUUGAAUGGGUGUUAAUCUGAUUGAAGGAACAGUGGCAUUGCCCAGGAAUCACUUUUGGUGCAGCUGCUUGUAUUGAUCCAGACUUAAAGGUAUCAACAGCUUUUAAACUGAGCAGGAUGAUGGCACCAGAGAGGGAAUAGGGGAGAUCCACUGGGAUAGGCCAUUUCAGAUAUAAGGAGAGGUUGGAGAUGCUGGGUCUGUUCUCCCUGGAGUGGAGAAGGUUGUGGGGUGGGGGUGUGUCAUGAUUAAGGUGUGUAAAAUUAUGAGAACAUAGAUAGUAAGGAGGUUUGCCCCUUGGCAGAGGUGUCUAAAACAUGAGGGCAUGGGAUAAAAGCUUUGGAGAGUGAAUAUGUCAUCAUCAAUCACCUGGUCUCCGCAAACCAGUACUGAUUCCACAGUCACACUUUAUUUACUUGUGCACAAGGGAAUCACACAUAGUAACUGCUGCCCUGGCAGUGAAGCUAGCUUGUUUGUUGCCUUUGGUUGUUUCAUCAUUCCCACUGGCCAGGCUGUCCAUAAAUCAAAUACCCCCCUCACAGACAUCCCCAUCUUUUAUCCCUACCGUGUCCACUGCACCAUUUCCAUGUUUGCUGACGUGAGCCAAAGGACUAAAAAUCAGACAUAUAAUCUCUGCUCAAAACAAAAAUAAUGCUAGUCUCAAGUGGAUCACAUAAGUGAUAUGCAUACAGUAGGUAAUGUUAAAACUAAAUUUACAGUGAAACUCAAUAAGCAGAAGUUAAUCUAGUAAUGAUUAGCUAAACCUUGGUCACUGGUAUUUUAAAUAUAAAAUAGAACUAUACAAAUUAUAUGGCCUACUCGUAGCGUAAUAGAAAAGUACAGCAUAGAAACAGGCCCUUUGGCCCAUCUAGACCAUGCUAAACCAUUUACACAGCUACUUCCAUUGACAUCCAUACCCUUGCCAUCUAUGUACCUAUUCAAAAUAGAGUAAUAGGAAAGUACAGCACAGAACAGGCCUUUCAAUAUGGAAACACCACUGUUCAGUACCAGAAACGUCUAGAGAAGUCUUGGAUACAGCCCAGGCCAUUACUGAGCACCUUUACAAGCAGCGUUGUCACAAGAAAGCAACAUCCAUCAUCAAGGACCUCUGCCAUCCAGGCCAUGAAAUCUCAGACAUAAGGCUUUAGGUUAUUAACCUACAACUAUCGGAUUCCUGAAUCUCGUCUCUUCUAGUGCUUCUGGGAGCUGUGACCCAGGCUGAUGUCAGUCUCUUUGAGUAAUUGGGAGGCACCACUUCAUGUGGGCUUUGUUGUAACUGCCUGGGGGAAGGCAGGGAUACAGCAGAUUAUAGUCAUUUAUAUAGUUUGUAGAGUAAUGUAGUUGGGAGAACUGUACGUAAUUCACAAUCACCAAAAUUGAGUUGGGAGUUUCUCUUUACAAGGCUGGUCUGAUGUGAUGAUGUUAUUAUGUAAGGAUUUUUAGUGUGCUUUUGUGUUUAUGUUUUGGAGUUCAAUAAAAUGUGUUACAGGUUUCAUUAAAUGAAAAAA